UAAGAUACAACUUUUUUUAUCAUGGGUUGCUUGCUGAUCAACUUUUCUCUUUCAAUUUGAUUUUUUGUGGAGAUCAUGGAGAACUGGAGAGCUACCAGUCAUAUGCUGAAAUGGUGCUCCAGGAAACUCUUUGAUCGACAAUCACAUCGUCAUUUCAUGAAUUAUCCCUGUUGCCGAGUUUCAGGUUGUAUCUAUGAUUUUGUCAGACGUUUUGGAUCACUAAAUCCUUAUGUUGUGAAUUACCAAGAAAACAACCACACACAUUGUCAUUCAGUAUAUUACCUGGGUACAAAUUGUUGGAAGCGUGGCAGUGUACAGUCUAGAAGUUUUUCAUCAGAAUCAACUGUAAUCCACAGGAACCCAAAAUUUUCAACAAUCAACUCAGAUGACAUUAGCCAUUUCAAGAAGAUAUCAGGAGAAAGCGGUGUGGUUGAAGAUGAGGACACACUUAAUGCUGUAAACAUGGAUUGGUUGCAUAAAUACAAGGGCGCAAGUAAGCUUAUGCUCCAGCCUAGAAGUACCAAGGAGGUAUCUCAGAUUCUUAAACAUUGCAAUACCAGAUGCCUUGCUGUUGUUCCUCAAGGUGGAAAUACAGGUCUUGUGGGAGGGAGUGUUCCCGUGUUUGAUGAGGUGGUUAUCAAUCUUGGCUCCAUGAAUAGAAUAAUUUCAUUUGACAAGGUUAGUGGUAUACUGGUAUGUGAAGCUGGCUGCAUUCUGGAAAACCUGAUUUCGUUCCUAGAUAACCAAGGGUUUGUUAUGCCACUUGAUCUAGGAGCUAAAGGAAGCUGUCAAAUUGGUGGAAACGUCUCAACUAAUGCCGGUGGAUUGCGACUUCUUCGGUAUGGUUCACUCCAUGGGAAUGUUCUUGGUGUUGAAGCUAUUUUACCAAAUGGCACUGUGCUUGACAUGCUUGGAACUUUACGAAAAGAUAAUACUGGAUAUGACUUGAAGCAUUUAUUUAUUGGAAGUGAAGGAUCCCUAGGGAUCAUAACUAAGGUUUCCAUACUUACUCCUCCAAAGCUGUCUUCAGUAAAAUUAUGCUUUCUUGCUUGCAAUGAUUAUGCCAGCUGCCAGAAACUCUUGUUGGAAGCGAAAAAGAAGCUUGGGGAAAUUCUUUCAGCAUUCGAAUUUUUGGAUGCCAAUGCAAUGGAUCUGGUUCUGAAACAUUUAGAAGGUGUUCGUAAUCCACUACCGUCCUCUACACACAACUUCUAUGUCCUGAUAGAGACAACAGGGAGUGAUGAAGUUCAUGACAUGGAGAGGCUGGAGUCCUUCUUGAUGCAUUCAAUGGAAAGUGGCUUGCUAACUGAUGGUGUUGUUGCACAAGAUAUAAAUCAAGCAUCAUCAUGCUGGCAUAUUCGUGAGGGUAUACCUGAAGCUUUGAUGAAAGCUGGAGCUGUUUACAAAUAUGAUUUGUCAAUACCAGUUGAAAAGAUGAAUGAUCUUGUUGAGGAAAUGCGAACACGUCUAGAUGCUAGAGCCAAAGUAGUAGCAUAUGGUCACCUUGGGGAUGGAAACUUACAUCUCAAUAUAUCCGCGCCACAGUAUGAUGAUAAUAUUUUAUCACAAAUUGAACCUUUCGUUUAUGAGUGGACGUCAAAACAUCGUGGAAGCAUAAGUGCUGAGCAUGGGCUUGGACAAAUGAAAGCCAAUAAAAUUCAUUACAGCAAGUCACCUGAGACUGUACAAUUAAUGGCAUCUGUUAAGAGGUUGCUUGACCCUAACGGAAUUCUCAAUCCGUAUAAAGUUCUUCCGUCUUCCCUUUUGAUUCAACAGUGACGUUCUACUCAACUCAUAAGCUGUCAAGCAUAAUUACCUCCAAAACUGGCCUUUCACCACAGCAAGCCUGAAGGGAUUUAUUUAUGCUCUCCAGUGGCACUUGUCCUUGCAAUUCGCUUCUUCAUCUGAAAUUAUUCCAUGUUACUCAUCAUCUAUGUGUGAUCCAUCUGAAGACUUUCAUUCUUUGUACUGACACAUGAAGGGAUGGCCCGGGACCGGUUCGACCGGCCCGGCCCGUCUGUUUAGUACCGGCCUGGCCCGAACCGUGGGGUGUUUUGGGGCGGGUCAUGGGCUUAAGCCCUUUUGGAACUGGCCCGGCCGGUCUAGGCCGGGUUUUUUUUGUGUUUUUUUUUGGCCUGGCUCUUCGACUAGGUGGGUGGGGAUGGGUGGUUUGGGUGGUUUUGGGGGUGUGGGGUGGGGGAGGGGGGUAGGAAUUAAUUUGAAAAGAAAUUAAAUUAAACAAAAAAAUAUAGCACCCGACCCGAGCCCAGUCCGGUACUGGGCCUUCACUACCAAGCCCACCCCCGCCCAAGACCUGACCCGGACCCGGUCUACCCCUAGACACAUGCAUAUACGGGAUAUUAACAAAAGUAUUUUUGUGCAUAUCUUUUCCAGGCCCGUGCCUUAUGUUAGGCUGGAGUGGCCUAGGGCCCCAAAAAACUAAAAAAAUAAGGGGCCCAUAAUUUUUUAAACAUUACUAUUAUUAUACCUAUGUAUUUCCCAAGGCCAUUACUAUAGUAUAUAUUGUUGAGGAUUCUACUAAAUUAUGUAUCUAAAAUUGUUCGACGGGUUUUACUUAAGUAAUUUUUUAAUACAUUCAAUGUCGGAUUGUGAUAAUGGAAGACUUUUAUUGAAGAUUGUGUUUUUGUGA